AUGCCUGCCUCCGCCCGCUCGUCCUCCACGUCGCCGUUGCUUCAACCCAGCAAGAACGUGGGAUACAAUCAUGGCAAUGAAGAAACUCUCGAAGCAGAGGUCAGAUCUGGCGCUGGGAUAUCUAACGAGGACUUGGAGCUCGAAAGGCGGAUUCAACUCAAGGCAGAUCUCAGACUCUGCACGAUUGCCGGUAUUCUUUGCAGUUUAAAUCUGCUCGACUCUGGGGUGAUAUCCAGUGCCUCCGUCACGUCGAUGCUUAAGGACCUUGAACUCGAUCAGGGCAACCGCUACUCGGUAUCGAUAUUCAUCUUUACGGUAGCAAGCAUCGUGUUCCAAUUGCCAUCAACGAUUGCGUCCAGAACCUUUGGUCCACGAAUCUGGUUCAGCUUCAUCACCAUCUGCUUUGGCUUGAUCACUCUCUGCACCGCAUUCAUCCAGUCAUGGAGGCAGAUGAUUUGUCUCCGAGUUCUGCUUGGUAUCGCGAUGUCUGGCAUCUAUCCAGGCUUGACGUACCUCAUCAGUACCUGGUACACACGGCAGGAACAGCAAUUGCGGUUUGCUUUUCUGCAGAGCGGCCAAGUCAUCAUUCUCGCCACGGGCAGCAUUGUCAACUUUGGCCUCAAUGGGCUCCAUGAGAGAGGCGGGCUCGAGGGCUGGCGGUGGAUGUUUCUCGUACAGGGUACAAUCACUUGCGUGCUUGGGGUUUUGACCUACUGGUGGAUCGUCGACUUCCCAGAGAAUGCGCACAGAAGCUUUCACUUCCUGAGCAAGGAGGAGGCUGAGAUCGCUGCUGCGCGUAUCCAGAAGGACCGCGGUGAUGUGAAGCCUGACGGCUUUGCCUUGAGGAAAAUUCUUCGUCAUGCGGCUGAUCCAAAAGUAUACGGCUUUUGCCUUAUGUAUUUCCUCUUGAACCUCGUCUCGACAUCUCUCUCAUACUUCCUGCCGAUCAUUCUACAGAAGGGCAUGGGCUUCAGCUCGGACAAGUCAAUCUUGCUUUCUGCGCCACCAUACUACUACGCUGUCAUACCAGUCCUUCUCUCAUCAUGGAUUGGCGACAAGUACCGACUGCGAGGUCCGGUCAUCACGUUCAACUCCAUCUGCCUCAUCGUCGGCUUCUGCAUGCUUGGCUUCAGCGACCAAGUGACGGUCCGCUAUGUCGGCACGUACCUUGCCACUGGGGCAUACAUCGCCAAUUGGGCGGCGCUGGCAGCUUAUCAAGCCAACAAUAUCGCCGGGCAGUGGAAACGCGUCUUCACUGCUGCAGCUGUGACCGCCUGCAACGGUCUUGGCGGCAUUGGUGGCAGCUUCAUCGUCCGAAAGGAUGAAGCGCCUAGAUACAUGACAGCUAUAUGGAUCUCUAUAGGCUCGCACGUUUUGAUGAUCGCAGUCGUGUGUGCCUUUUCCAUUUAUUUUGUGAGGGCCAACAGACGCCAGGCAAAAGGUAAAGUGAUUAUCGAGGAGACAGAAGGCUUCCGCUUUACGUACUGA